CAGAAAGUGAGGCUGGUGAUAUGGAUCUGAGUGGGUUACCAGAGACUGCAGUGGAUUCUGAGGAUGAUGAUGAUGAAGAAGACAUUGAGAGGGCGUCAGACCCUCUGAUGAGCAGGGAUAUUGUUAGAGACUGCCUGGAGAAAGACCCAAUAGACAGGACAGAUGAUGACAUUGAACAACUAUUGGAAUUCAUGCAUCAGUUGCCUGCUUUUGCCAACAUGACAAUGUCAGUGAGGAGAGAACUUUGUGCUGUGAUGGUAUUUGCAGUUGUGGAGAGGGCAGGAACCAUAGUACUAAAUGAUGGGGAAGAGCUGGACUCCUGGUCAGUUAUAUUGAAUGGUUCUGUGGAAGUGACAUAUCCUGAUGGAAGAACAGAGAUACUGUGUAUGGGAAACAGUUUUGGUGUUUCCCCUACCAUGGACAAGGAAUACAUGAAAGGAGUGAUGAGAACCAAAGUGGAUGACUGCCAGUUUGUCUGCAUAGCCCAACAAGAUUACUGCCGCAUCCUCAAUCAAGUAGAAAAAAACAUGCAGAAGGUAGAAGAGGAGGGGGAGAUUGUUAUGGUGAAGGAGCACAGGGAGCUUGAUCGCACUGGAACAAGAAAGGGUCACAUUGUCAUCAAGGGAACAUCAGAAAGGUUAACAAUGCAUUUGGUGGAAGAGCACUCAGUGGUGGAUCCAACAUUUAUAGAAGAUUUCCUUUUGACCUACAGGACCUUUCUUUCCAGCCCAAUGGAAGUGGGCAAGAAAUUGUUGGAGUGGUUCAAUGACCCUAGCCUCAGGGAUAAGGUUACACGGGUAGUAUUGUUGUGGGUGAACAAUCACUUCAAUGAUUUUGAAGGAGAUCCUGCUAUGACUCGAUUUCUAGAGGAAUUUGAGAACAAUUUGGAAAGAGAGAAAAUGGGUGGACAUCUGAGGCUAUUAAAUAUUGCAUGUGCUGCUAAAGCUAAACGAAGAUUGAUAACAUUAACAAAGCCAUCUCGAGAAGCCCCUUUGCCUUUUAUCUUGCUGGGAGGGUCAGAAAAGGGAUUUGGAAUCUUUGUUGACAGUGUGGAUUUAGGUAGCAAAGCCACAGAAGCAGGCUUGAAACGUGGUGACCAGAUACUGGAGGUGAAUGGUCAAAACUUUGAAAACAUUCAGCUGUCAAAAGCCAUGGAAAUUCUUAGAAAUAAUACUCAUUUAUCUAUCACUGUGAAAACCAACUUAUUUGUUUUUAAAGAACUUCUAACAAGAUUGUCAGAGGAGAAAAGAAAUGGUGCUCCCCAUCUACCUAAAAUUGGUGAUAUUAAAAAGGCCAGUCGUUACUCUAUCCCAGACCUUGCUGUUGAUGUGGAGCAGGUGAUAGGACUAGAAAAAGUAAAUAAGAAAAGUAAAGCCAACACUGUUGGAGGGAGAAACAAACUAAAGAAGAUACUUGACAAAACUCGAAUCAGUAUCCUGCCUCAGAAACCAUACAAUGACAUUGGAAUUGGCCAGUCACAGGAUGACAGCAUUGUAGGAUUGAGGCAGACCAAACACAUUCCUCCUGCUUUACCUGUCAGUGGAACCCUGUCAUCCAGUAAUCCAGAUUUAUUGCAGUCACAUCACCGCAUCUUAGAUUUCAAUAGUACUCCAGACUUACCAGACCAAGUUCUGAGGGUUUUCAAGGCAGACCAGCAAAGUCGCUAUAUUAUGAUUAGUAAGGACACAACAGCAAAGGAAGUGGUCAUUCAAGCGAUUAGAGAGUUUGCUGUAACUGCUACUCCCGAUGCAUAUUCUUUGUGUGAAGUCUCUGUCACUCCAGAGGGUGUAAUCAAGCAAAGGAGGCUUCCAGAUCAGCUAUCCAAGCUUGCUGAUAGGAUACAGCUAAGUGGCAGGUAUUAUCUGAAAAACAACAUGGAGACAGAAACAUUGUGUUCAGAUGAAGAUGCUCAGGAGUUACUGCGGGAAAGUCAAAUUUCCCUACUGCAGCUCAGUACUGUUGAGAUGGCUGCUCAGCUCUCCAUGCGAAACUUUGAGCUGUUUCGUAACAUUGAACCCACAGAGUACAUAGACGACCUGUUUAAACUCAAAUCUAAAACCAGUUGUGCUAACUUGAAAAAGUUUGAAGAAGUGAUAAACCAAGAAACAUUUUGGGUAGCAUCUGAGAUUCUAAGAGAAACCAACCAGCUAAAAAGAAUGAAGAUCAUUAAACACUUCAUUAAGAUAGCACUGCACUGCAGGGAAUGCAAGAACUUCAACUCCAUGUUUGCAAUUAUCAGUGGCCUGAAUUUGGCACCGGUUGCAAGGCUCCGCACUACUUGGGAAAAGCUUCCAAGCAAAUAUGAGAAGCUGUUUCAAGAUCUUCAAGACUUGUUUGAUCCAUCUAGGAACAUGGCAAAAUAUCGUAAUGUCCUGAACAGCCAAAACCUACAGCCUCCCAUUAUUCCUCUCUUUCCUGUUAUCAAAAAGGACCUUACAUUCCUCCAUGAAGGAAAUGACUCAAAAGUGGAAGGCUUGGUCAAUUUUGAGAAGCUGAGAAUGAUUGCAAAAGAAAUUCGUCAUGUUGGUCGAAUGGCUUCUGUUAACAUGGAUCCUGCUGUAAUGUUCAGGACUAGGAAGAAGAAAUGGAGGAGUUUGGGGUCUCUCAGCCAGGGCAGUACAAAUGCAGCAGUGCUAGAUGUUGCACAAACAGGGGGACACAAAAAGCGGGUACGUCGCAGCUCCUUUCUCAAUGCCAAAAAACUGUAUGAAGAUGCUCAAAUGGCACGAAAAGUGAAGCAGUACCUCUCUAACUUGGACCUGGAAAUGGAUGAAGAGAGCCUCCAGACACUGUCUCUGCAGUGUGAGCCAGCCACCAACACAUUACCGAAGAAUCCAGGGGACAAACGGUCUGGGAAACAGGAAACGUCACCAGUGGCACCUAGGGCAGGAAUUCAGCAGAAGGUGCAGCAGCAGCAUAAAAUAAACCAAGCAUUGCAGGUCCCUGCUGUGUCCCUCUAUCCCUCUCGCAAGAAAGUACCAGUCAAAGACCUCCCACCAUUUGGCAUUAACUCCCCACAAGCUUUAAAGAAAAUUCUUUCAUUGUCUGAAGAAGGAAGUUUGGACCGUCACAAGAAACAAGCUGAAGACACAAUAUCAAAUGCAUCUUCACAGUUGUCUUCUCCUCCCACAUCACCACAGACCUCUCCAAGGAAAGGUGGCAGUGGCAAUCAGCUGAGAUAUUAUGGCUCCAGACAGUCGGAUCUAACCAGUUCCUCCUCUUCUCUCGGAAGUUAUACUUUGGCUCCUAGUGGCACCGUGGAUAACUUUUCAGAUUCUGGUCACAGCGAAAUUUCUUCCAGAUCUAGUAUUGUCAGCAAUUCUUCAUUUGACUCCAUGCCAGUGUCACUGCAUGAUGAGAGGAGACAGAGGCAUUCUGUCAGCAUUGUGGAGACUAAUCUUGGUGUGGGUAGAAUUGAUAGAAGAGCCAUGAUUGAACCAGAUCAAUACAGCUUAGGUUCAUAUGCACCACUGUCAGAGAACAGAGGCCUGUAUGCUGGAGCAACUGUGCUUUCUUCUCCCAGUACAGAAGAGCUAUCACAGGAUCAGGGGGAUCGCGCUUCACUUGAUGCCGCAGACAGUGGCCGUGGCAGCUGGACUUCUUGCUCAAGCGGUUCUCAUGACAACAUACAGACAAUACAACACCAGAGAAGCUGGGAGACUCUUCCUUUUGGACAUGUUCAUUUCGAUAGUUCAGGCGAUGGGGCAGGAUUAUGGGCCUCAGGCAGUCAUAUGGACCAGAUGAUGUUCCCCGAUCAUGGCACAAAAUAUGGCAGGCAGAGUCAAGGUAGGGAGGGCCUUGAUCAAGCACAGUCCAGAGCAAGCUGGGCAUCCUCAACAGGCUACUGGGGAGAGGACUCAGAAGGUGAUACAGGUACCAUAAAGCGGCGGGGUGGGAAGGAUGUUUCAAUUGAAGCUGAAACCAGUAGCAUAACAUCUGUAACAGCAGAGGAGUCAAAGCCAGCUCCCAUGUCCUCUCAUAUAACUAUAUCAUCAAGUAGUGCAAAGGGGCUUAUUGCACGAAAAGAAGGUCGAUAUCGAGAACCACCUCCAACUCCCCCUGGUUAUGUAGGAAUACCUAUUGCAGACUUUGCUGAAGGAGUUUCCCAGCCAACUAGAAAACCUCCGGAUUACAACGUAGCACUUCAGAGGUCUAGGAUGGUAGCACGGACAUGUGAGACCCAUGGGACUUCAACUUUGCAGCAGCAAUCACAAGGUCACUCAGCUAGCAGGCCUGUGAACAAACCUCAGUGGCACAAACCAAACGAGUCAGACCCACGUCUUGCUCACUAUCAGACUCAAGGGUUUUCCACAGAGGAGGAUGAAGAUGAACAAGUCUCUGCCGUCUAAGAAUUGGGGCUUUUCUGGAUCCAGAGAGAGCCACCUUAAAGGAGAGCACAAGAAGACGUCCCUAGUAUAGGAGCCUUGGAACUAUAAUUAAAGGAUGGUAGACCUAUUUGCCGCCUUCCCUGCCUUAAAGCAGCAUGGGGCUUCUUCUCCCCCGUUCCUCCCCCCUUUUCCCUUGCAUGUGAAAUACUGUGAAGAAAUCGCCCUGGCACUUUUCAAACUGUGUUGCUUGAAAUGCACAGUGCAGCAAUCUCCAAGCUACCACUGUCGCUGUCUGCCACAUCACACAGUAUCAUUCCAAAUUUCAAGAUCAUCACAUCAAGAUGAUUAACUCUGGCUGCAUUUCCCAAUGCCUGGAAGGGUUUCGAAAUCUUCCUUUUAGAUUUUAAUCACAAUCCUAACACUUCAUCUCAUUGGGAUAAUGAGAUACGCUAGUUGUCAAACGACAUUGAGCCUUUAACGUACAAAGAGAAAAACACAUUGAAAUCCUUCAAGUAUACAAUGCUUGUUUGCUUGUUUACAAUGCCUUUGUUACAGUGCUGUAUGUUGUUGUGUUCAGAAAGCAAAUGUUACACCUGCAUAAUAAUUACAGUAUUAUUUCAUACUUUUUAGUAGGGUUGCCAGCCUGGGCUCCUAAAAACAAAACUGAUAUGGCUGAGCAGGGCAGAAUGGAAGGCAGGAAGGGUUAUAGGAUACAGCCUUUCAUUGACCACCUAGCUCCACUCUUAAAGUGCCCCACCCUGGAGUCUUAGAAAGUUUGUAAAUCAUAGGAUAGUAUUUUGAAAUGGGUCUAGCAUCAAUGCAGAACUAAGUGCUUGCAACUAUCUAAUGGAGGAAAACAGGACAACUUGUAUAGUUUGUACCAUACAAUUUGUAUACCUGUGCCUUGUGGAAUACAGGAUGGCAUAGUUUAAAAAAAAAAAAAAAAAAGUCUUAUUCAAAUGAGACAGAUGGUAAACCCCACCUUUAAAUUAUAUUUUUAUCUUACUAUUGUUAGAAGGUUAGUUAUUUUAAGAGAAAAAUUAACUGGAUAACAUUGCAGUGAAGGCAAUUUGGGAUGUCACAGCUAAUGUCAGCUCUUAUUUCUGAUCGAAUAAUCUCUCUCUAUUGACUUGGCAUUAGGUAAUAAACAAGCCUUUAAAUUAUGAAAAAACACAUUUAGACACGCAAGCCUUUGCAAUGCAGAAAUAGUCACAACUGUUAAUGGCUUUAUGGAACACUGCAUGUGUAGAAAAGGCCAAUGUGUAGCAACCACCUGCUCACAGCUGCUAUUAACCCUAUAAUGACUGAAAUGAUCCUUCCCCUCUAUUUUUGUGUUGUUUUUGCACAGACUCCGGAAAAGUGAAGGCUGCCAAUCCGAGUAGUACUCAAAUGUGAGGAACUGCUGGUCUUGGAUUUUUUUUCCAUUGAACUCAGCUGAUCAUAUUGAUCAGUAGGUAAACGUAAAUAGCUUCAACUUUAAAGAUCAAAUUGCAGUGUUUUUUCACUGUAUCAAACAAUGUCAGUGCUUUAUUUAAUUAUUCUCUCUCCUGUAAUCAUGGCUUUUGUCUAUUUGCUUAUAUAUCACAUUGUCAAUUAUGAAUUUGUAAUUUUACAUGUAAUAUGCAUUAUUUGCCAGUUUUAUUAUAUAGGCUAUGGACCUCAUGUGCAUAUAGAAAGUCAGAAACCUAGCUCUAUCACAAGUUGCACAAAUAUUAUAUAAGCAUUAAGUAAUUGUAGACCAUAGGACUGCUAAUCUCAGUUCACUCUGUGAUGUCAAGUGCAGAAUGUACAAUUAACUGGUGAUUUCCUCAUACUUUUGAUACUACUUGUACCUGUAUGUCUUUUAGAAAGACAUUGGUGGAGUCUGUAUCCCUUUUGUAUUUUUAAUACAAUAAUUGUACAUAUUGGUUAUAUUUUUGUUGAAAAUGGUAGAAAUGUACUAUGUUUAUGCUUCUACAUCUGAUUUGUAUGAAGCUGAAAAAUAAAUAAA